GCCAGACCAAACUGAAGUUGAGCACGAAGGCUAAAGGCAAGACUAGAUCGCCAAAGGGACCAGACGCUAGUCCACUCAGGGUUAGCCUGGGUUCGGGAUGAGCAUGCAACCCCCCGGGAGCAUUGCUAGCUGCCCCUCCCCCACCUUCUGAGCCCGGCAGCUGGGAGAAUUUCUGGUUGGGAAACUUCCAUCGACUUCGAGAGAGCUUCCACAGAGCCCAGAGGUCGUGUUUAUUUGUUUUGGGGUCAAUCUGCCGUUCCGCUUCUUCUGCUCCUAUUAGACAUCUGCAUUUGACCAAGACGGUUCUCACAAGAUCUCCAGUUAUUACACCGACAGCAAGGCCGCACUCGGCUGCUGCACCUCCAAAACCUGCACUGGGGGCUGGUCAGCGACAUCAACCUUCUCGAUCACACACCAUGGCACAGAAGUGUGUCCACCAAGGCUGCGGCAAGCUCUACACAGAUCCCGAAGAGGUCUGCCGCUACCACCCUGGUCCGCCAAUCUUCCACGAGGGCCAGAAAGGAUGGAAGUGUUGCAAGCCACGCGUCCUCACCUUUGAGGAGUUCAUGGCCAUCGAGCCUUGCACCGAGGGGAAGCACAGCACCACGGAUCUGCCACCCAAGAUCGAGAAGAAGGAAGCGGACCCAGCCCUCCUCGACGCUGCCAACUUCCCGCCGCCCCCGGCCCGUGCGCCCGUCGCGGCACCGCAGCACAUACCCACCCCGCCUCCGCCGCCCCCGGAGUCCGAGGAUGACGACGAUACGAUAGAGAUUCCCGAUGGACGCGUAUGCAGGCGGAGGGGUUGCGGUGCGACCUACGAGAAAGGAUCCAGCAGGGAAGGGGAGAAGUGCGUGCACCACCCUGGUGUCCCGAUAUUCCACGAAGGGAGCAAGGGGUACAGCUGCUGCAAGCGCCGCGUGCUAGAGUUCGACCAGUUUAUGAAGAUCGAGGGCUGCAAGACCAAGGACCGGCACCUGUUUGUGGGCAGCGGCAAGGACCAGGGCAAGGGCUCGGCGGCCUCAGGAGGUGAGGAAGUACUGGACACGGUCAGAUCCGACUUCUACCAGACCUCAACGGCGGUAAUUGCGUCCUUCUUCCUCAAGAAAAUCGACAAGGACAAGGCCAAGGUGGAGUUCCGAGAACGGGAAUUGGACCUGGACCUUCCCACGUCAGACACGCCGGUUCCAAAACGGUACAAGGCGCAGGUGCCCCUAUACGGCUCCAUUGAUCCCGCCAAGUCCACCUUCAAGAUCUUGGGUACCAAGAUCGAGGUGUCACUAGCCAAGGCUGACGGCAGCUCUUGGCCGGUACUUCGCAGCGAUGAUCGGCCAACGGGAGAGAUUCUCCAAGUUGGCCGAGCCGGAAGAGUGUAG